AUGGACAAUAAAUCCGCUAUCACAGCUGAAGCAGCUCCUGUUGUGAUUGAGGCCACAAGACGUCUAGAGGAAGUUAAUAGAGAGCCGAAAGAUGAUGUAGAGAAAGAUACGAAUUAUGAGAAAAUAUCUGAAGUGAUGGAGAUAUUGCAGGGACUGGCUAAUCGUCUUCAGAAGAUCAAAGAAAAGAUGGAUUGUCGGUUUCAAAAGAUCGAAGAAAAGAUGGAUUUGUUGAUCUCAUCGAUUAGUUUAAAUAAUAAAGUUGCUGCAGCUGUUAAAACUUCCUCUGCAAAAGCCCAGGCAGAGAACAUGUAUAUGGAUGAAUCAUCUUCUGAUGAGGAACCCUUCUCGAAAAAGGCUAGAGCAAAUACCAAGAUUCCUAAAGAGGAGAGCUCAGGUGAUCAUAUUGCAGAGAUAUCUGAUGAAAAGUAUAGUGAUCACAGUUUUGGUCUUUUCGGUGGUCGUGGUCAGGAGAGUGAUGACCGUUUUGAUAUUUUUGGUGGUCCUGUUCAGGCGAGUGAUGGGCGUUUUAGUCGUUUCAGUGGCCGUGGUCGUGGUCAAGAGCGUGAUGAGCGUUUUGAUCUUUUUUCCUUUGGCCGUGGUCGUGCAAGGUUUUUUUAUGAUGGUCAGGAGAACUACGACCACUUUGGGCGUUUUCCUGGUGAUUACGGUCAGGACAGCUAUGGUCGUUUUUUCGGUGGUCCUGGUGGUGGGCGUAGUCGUGGCCGUGGUCGUGGUCUUUUUGUUGGUGGUCCUUUUGCAGGUGGUCGUUGUGGCGGUCAAGGCCACUGUGGCAUUUGUUGA